GGGUGCAUGGUGAAUUUAAUUUGUAAACAAGGGGCUAUGACAAGCGGUUUGUUGUGUGUGGAAUAAGUGUUUGUUUAUAUUGUCUCUGUGUGUGCAUGUUUGAAAAAAGCGAUGAAAAAAUAAACCGCUUUGCAAUAUCUACAGUUAACUGGUGUUGGCAAAGUUGCCGUCAAUUUUUUUACCCGCGCACGCAUAAACGGCAAAUAGGAAGCCAGAAAAAUCGAUAAACUUAAAGGGUUUAACCGGCAUCACUUUGAGUUUUGUAGAUUUUUUAGGUAGGAAAUAGACGCGCGUUUCCCAAUAUGGCUCAAACCCAGCAAACAACUGAUCAAAAGAACAGCAAAAGCGAAGAUAAACAGAACAUUGAACAAGAGGAAAGGGAAAAAAUUUUAAAUUCUGAAAAUGAGGAAAAGGUGGCUUCAGAUUCCUCAGAAGAAAAGAAAACAAAAGAGGUCAAGGAAGGUAUGGAGGUGAAACCUAAAAAGAUUCCAAUUGGUGGGAUACAAAUGCCAGGAUUUUUUACCAGAAGUAAAUCUAAAGAACAAUGCAAGGAAGAAGGUGACCAAACUGAAGGCACAGAAUUAAUUGAGGAUGCAAAUAAGGAUGAAACUCCAACGCCGCAAGCGAAGAUCAAAUUACUGAAUCCGUUUCGGAAAUCCAAGGCCACUAGUGAAACUGAUGAAGAAAAAACUGGGGAGUCAAAAGAUAAGAAAAACCUAUUGCAAACUAUUCGUUUGCCACUGGUGUCCGUAUUUUCCAAAAAGAAAAAGGAGGACUCUCAAAACUUAAACUCACAAACUGGGCAAGCUGGACUCGCGUCUAUGGAAACCUUGGAUGAUAAGAGUAAUGAUGGGAAAAGUGGAGAGCUAAAGUCUGUUCCUCUGGACGAUAAGAAGGAUGUCGAAAAACAAGAGUCAGAUGAAGACCUUACAUUAGCACAAAGAGUCAAAACUUACAGAAUUGCUAUCAGUGCCUUGCUCAUUUUUUUAGUGCUUAUUGUCAUAAUAGUAAUUAUUGCCAGGCAGAGUGCUUCGCAGAUAACAGCAGCUCCAAUUAGAGAUUCCCGUUAUGUUGAAGCCGUGACCACUUGUGGAAAGGUUGAGGGUCUUUUGGAGGAUAGCGCUUUCGCUUUUCGAGGAAUCCCGUACGCUCGUCCACCUACAGGCGAUUUGAGAUUCAAAUACGCCCAACCAUUGAAUCGGAUUGAGUAUUGCUGGAACGGUACUUUUUUGGCUCACAAUGCUACUGACCCUUGCAUGCAGAUCCUAGGAAAUGGGACCGUUAUAGGGAGCGAGGAUUGCCUCACAUUGGACGUGAUCACGCCGUACGUGCGUUACGACAACCCGCUGCCGGUGAUUGUCCUCGUCGGUGCGGAAACCCUUAUGGGCGGGUCGCCUGGUAAAAUGAGACCGUCGGCUCGGUACGCUCGUUCCAGGGACGUUGUGUUCGUCAGGCCCAAUUUCCGUCUGGGUGCACUCGGAUUUCUAGCCCUCGACACGCUGAGCCAGAACGAUUCCUCCCACGCUUCUGGAAACUACGGCCUGUCCGACAUAUUGGAGGCUCUCCACUGGAUUCAGCUAAAUAUCGAACAUUUCGGAGGCGACAAGAAAUCCGUGACGUUGUUCGGGCACAGGGCCGGUGCCACCCUCGUCACGGCCUUGUCUACCCUGCCGGAUGCCGCCAAAUAUUUCGCUAGGGCAUGGGCUUCGUCGGGCGGCGCAGUUUUUCCCAAAAAAUCGAGGGCGGAGUCGGAAUCGGAGAACAAGAGCUUCUUGGAGGCGGCGCAGUGCAAAAACGUCGAGUGUCUGCGUAGUUUGGACGCGACCACGUUGGUCACCGCGGUCGAGGACACCUGGCGCAAGCCUCAGCCCGACGUGCCCUCCGCUGAGGAGAAACCCGAAAAUAGACAUCAGUGGCUGGUGCUCGACGGUAACAUCCUGAAGGAGCAUCCGGACGCCGUGUGGACAAACGGCGAGCUACCUGUCAAACUGGUACUGGGCGCGACCGCCCACGCGGCCAACUCGGAGAAACUCUUCAUGAAGCACCUGAAUUGGACGGAGCCGUUGGUGCGACGUCACCUCGAAGAGUCCGCAUUGGGCGCGAGGGAUCUCGUCGACGAUACGUUGCAACUGUAUCCGCCCACUUACGGAGGACUGAGCGCCAUCGUCACCGACAUACGUAUCGCGUGCCCUCUGUUUGCCGUCUCGACGCAAAUGAGCAAGGUGCCGUUCUACGUCGUGACGCAGACGCGCGGCGAGCAACACUUAGCGGACGUCGACUCAGACGUUGAGGCGAUCCUCGGACGCUACGAGCCGAAAACGCCCGAACAGAGACGUUACUUUUCUGCGAUGCAGGGUCUGUUUUACCACUACGUGUGGCACGGCACCGUCGAGCAGGACGCCGCGUUGCCACCGAGCAAGAAGGUGCUCGUUAUCGGCCAGGAUGUUUUGCCUAACGAGACUUACUCCCACUGCGCGUUCUGGAUCGGGAAGGAUAUAGUUCCCGCUUACGCGACUAUGGAUUAGGUUUCGGAUUCCCGGCGGUGAACAAACGUCGCUCGAGCGCGACAUUUUCGCCAAUGUGGGAUCACCAGCCGCACCCGUUGAGAUCCAAUAUUUCAUAGCCCUCCUGCGUAUAUAUAUAUAUUUUUUUGGAAAAUACUCGCUAUACAAUUUUUUUUAUUAUUUAAUGAAGCCACAGACUGCAUUUUUACAACGUUUCGAUGCAGGAGGCAUUUUUUAAGGUGAUUGUUAGUCUUAUCUCGUGGAACGAAAAUACUCUUGCGACUGAAUUUAUGUACUCUUAAAUAUAUAUUUACCCGUGCAUUUUUUAUAUGUUAAGAUUUAUCGAGGCUCUCUUUUAAAAUCGAAAAGACUGUUUUUUAUUAUAGAUACAAUUUUUUUAUUCGCUAUUUUUCUUCAGAUGCGUAAGGACUAGGUUCUCCCGAUACGCGGCACCAACACUUUUGCGCAGCAUGUUUUUAUUUUACUGACGCAAUUGGGGAUCCUAUUCGACAAUUGCCGAAACCGUCCAAUACCGAAUGACGUUAUAAAGUCGACGAUCUGUUUAAGAUUGUGAUUCGGUAUUCGAGGGUUUUUCGUUUUUAUAUAUGGUUAUUUGGUAGUAACAAUUGGCGGAAGAGAAUGUACACUAGAUGUUUUGCCGUUUUUAGCUACAAAUAAUCGCGAAAUUUUACUUAGGAUUGAAAGAGGAAACGAAAGUUCACGGGGGAGGGUUAACAAAUAAAAAAACGAGAGUCUAAUAUAUUUUUGAGAUGGAGUGUUGGCUGUUUUGCUGAUUUGAAAGUUCAGUAUUGAAAACCCCCGCAAAUCAUAAAUUAUUUUUUUACAUCACUUUGCCAAAAAACGGCGAAAUAAUCUAAGCGGGUCCUAAUUUGCAUGGACAAGCCAUUCCGCGGUUGCUUAGUUUAAUGUUCUAGAUAUUAGGAUGUACAUAAUUUUUUUUUGUAAAUGAUUUCGACAUUGCUUUUCGAUGUUUCCAUGUACCAAAUUUAAGACUGUAACCCAUAUUAUUCAAGAGCUAAGGCCUAUACUUGCAUUUAAAUGAAUCUGAGUCUAUCCCAAUUCCCCUAUACAAACGUACAUUUAAUAAAUUUGCUGUGUUGUGAAUAAAAAAAUUGAUAAUCGCUUUUCAAGGUU